CCGAUUCAGCUUGCUCAGCAACUACGAAGGUUAUAAAUACAAAUUAACACGCUCGUCGCGAUUUGCAUAAUUAACAAUCAGUCUGACGACCUUAUUUGAGGCAAAAAUGAAAGAAGAUGAAAAUCCCCAGAUGGCAAUGCUACAUAGUCAUUAACUGUGCCGUCUUGAUCCCUUAUUUGAUUGCAAAACCAGUUUCACUAAACGAUUUAAUUAAUGCAGAAUUGAAGAAAAAUCAAACGCUAAGCAAGGUAACGAAACCAAAACGUACAGAUUCGAUUGUAAAACCAAUUUCACUAAACGACUUAAUUAAUGCAGAGUUGAAGAAAAACCAAACUCUAAACAAAAUAACAAAGUCAAAAAAUUCCGAAAGUAGAGCUGAACUGUUCUCUUUAAACAAAGUAAUUGCCCCAACUUCUUGGAUAAAGUCAAGAAUUAAGGCAAAAGUCAACAAGAUUCCUGGAAUCUUAAAUAUUUAUCCAAUCAAAAACAAGAAAACUUUUCAAAACAAAAGUCCACUAAGACCAAAAAAACUGAAACAGAAAUCACGUAACAAACGCAAAGAUCAAUUAAUCAGUAGAGAAGUAAAUGAAAAUGGCGAAACUAAUCAAAAAUAUAUUCCUUUACUUAGAAAUCUCGGCAUGUUAUACGAUACUCUUGUUAAAUCGGACGCAAGCGAAACCAUUGAGAUCUCAGAAACAAAUAAGUCAAGCAAAUUACGUGCCGUUAAUAAACGCAGAAUGGUAUGUACAUGCAGACUCAUAUCCGAUUCCGAAGAAGAGCCUGUGCCGGAAGAAACGGCAAUUAUUACACCCCAUACUGUCCCCACUCAGAUCACGAAAGAUACUGCCAAGACUACCGCCAAGACAGCCAUUAAUACUACCAUGGGUGACAUCGGCAUUGUCAGACAGAAUAAGAACAUAUCCUUACUACUUUCAAGAGAUACCUCUAGCGGUAAGCGAGACAAUAAUGGAUACAGUGAAAGAAGCAGCUCCACAUUUCACAGAAGCACUGAGAGAAAUAUCCCCAGGAAUAAUGGAGAUAGUGAAUAUAAUACCAGAAUCCGAGAAAAUGAGUCCUAUUCAAAAAGUAAUGAAGAAAAUACCGACUGUACUACACGAAACAAUGCAAGUAGCCAUGAAUUCCGAAGAAGAAAUGAAAACCAUACCAGAAAUACAGGAAUUGAUGGAGCAGAGACAACCGAAAAAUUCGAAAAAAAAGUUAAAAACUCCAAUGAACUCAUUAGAGUCGUCGAUGAAUAUAAAAAAUAUUAUAAACACGAAGUUAGAGGAAACGAAACAGAAAGCUCAAACACUUUAUCAGAACAUGAUAGAGGAUUACGAGGAUUUCCAUCCAAGAUUAUUGUCAACGAUAACUCAGAGCAAUUACAAUCCGAAGAAAAUAAUGAAAAAAGCAAGUACCAUGUCACACACAAUCACACCAGUUAUAAACGAGUCCCUAACGGAAAUGGCGCACCUACCACAGAUGUUGAAGAAACUUAUACAGAACAUGAAACAGUAAUAUCAAUAAAAGAUUUAUCUAAUUUAACAUUAGCUCUACAGAGUGCACCUGAAGGCAAAUUACCAGCAGUUACUAUUUUUGAUGGAUACAGUGUUGCAAGAGAUAUAAAUGGUCAAAAUAGAAUAUCAGAACAGUCUAUUCAUAUACAUUCAAAAUAA